AUGGCCGACGAUCAGAACACAGUCCUCCUCGGGAAAUCCUCCGCUGGCAUAACAACGAUAUGCAUAAACCGGUCCUCACGCCGCAACGCCGUGGACGGCCCAACAGCACAAAAACUGCACGCGGCCUUUCUCUCCUUCGACAACGACCCGACACAAAAGAUCUGCGUAUUCCACAGCUCUGGGGGUGUUUUCUGCGCUGGCGCUGACCUGCAAGAAGUCGCCAAAAUAUCCAGCCCAGAGAAUCAGCAAAGUCAACGGAAAGUAGAUGUAGAGCAAAGCAAAAGCUCAAAAUUGCUACCCGUGGACGGCACAAAUCCCGCACCGAUGGGCCCAUCUCGCAUGACGCUCUCAAAACCCGUGAUUGCAGCAGUAUCCGGGUUCGCGGUGGCAGGUGGUCUGGAAUUGAGUCUUCUCGCGGAUAUGCGGAUUGUUGAGGAAGACGCGGUCUUUGGGGUAUUCUGUCGACGAUUCGGGGUGCCGUUGAUAGACGGCGGAACGGUUCGGUUGCAGCGCAUCGUUGGGUUGGGGAGAGCCAUGGAUAUGAUACUUACGGGGCGGGCGGUUACGGCACAGGAGGCGCUGGGAAUGGGGCUUGCGAAUCGGGUUGUGGCGAAGGGGCAGGCUUUUCAGGAGGCGAUGGCAUUGGCGAGGACGUUGUUGAAGUUUCCACAGCGGUGUAUGAAUGUGGAUAGGAAGAGUGUUUAUUACGCUGCUUAUGAGGCGAGGGGGUUUGAGGAUGCGAUGAGGUUUGAGUUUGAGAAUGGGAAGGCUGUGGUAAUGGAGGAGAGUGUGAAGGGGGCUGCGAGGUUUAGGGAUGGGGUUGGGAGGCAUGGGAAGUUCGAUCUGGGGUCUAAGUUGUAA